AUGUCAGAACUACUACCAGCCAUCGAAAAACAACAGAAACAACAACAACAACAACAACAACAGCAGAAACACAAGAAGACAAAACACAAACACAAGCAACGAACAACAAAACCAACUCAGUCAACAUCAUCAUCAUCAACAACAACAACUGAACAACAACAACAACAGCAGCAACAACAACAACAGCAACAACAACAACAACAGUACAAUCGUCUAUCAAACCCAAAAACCGACCCACGCAGGGUCAAGGUCUACGAACUACAGGCUCAAACUUGGAUCGACAGAGGAACCGGGCACUGUAUAGGAAUCUACGAACCAAUACCAGAAACAAACCAAGCUCAGGAUAAUCAACAGAAACUACUGCCGAUCGCAAGACUCGAAGUACGCCAAGAACCAACAGAUAGCUCACCAGGCGGACAACUACUCCUGCAAUCUCAAGUACUCAUCCCAACUAACCUCAAUCGAACCAACCAACAACACCACUCAUCACCCUCAUCCUCCUCAUCCUCAUCCUCAUCAUCAUCAUCAUCGCCAUCAUCCUCUUCCUCAUCCUCUUCAUCCUCCUCAUCCUCAUCAUCUGAAGAGCAAGAUGACACUCCCGAUCAAAAACCCAAUCAGAAUCAAGAUCAAGCUCAGAAUAAACCACUAACAAAGAAACCUAAACCUUCCCCACAUCGUCGAAAGUCAUCAUCAGCACGUGAAACCCUCAAUCCACCACCAUGGCCAGAGGGAGGUGGGAUCUAUCAGAAGCAACAGGCUACAUUAGUAGUCUGGACCGAACCAGAUGGAACCGAUAUGGCACUCUCCUUUGCCACCGCACAAGGCUGUCAAGAGAUCUGGUCAUUCCUAUGCGACGUACAGAACUGGCUCGUCAAACUACCCUACCAAACUCAUCCAUCUACCACCACUAAUAGCCAUCAAAUCAUAUCAUCAAACCCGCAAUCGGUAAACCGAAACAGACCCUAUCAGGAUCAUCUCAACUCACAUCGUAGGAAGGAUGCUAUCGAUUGGGAUGACGAAGAACUACAUCUGACUAGCACUCAACCUAUCUCCAAUCAUCACACUCGACAAUUACAACUACACCAUCAACAACAACAACAGCAAUACCAAUCUCAACAGAUAAACAACAACCAACAGCAAUCCCCUGGAAAUGGUGACCUAGAAGGACGUCCAUCGUUUUCGAUCUCACGAGACCUUCUCGAUCAACAAUCAAAUGACGAUCCAACCAAAACACGACUGAUCAGUACUGGGAACGCCUCUCCACCCUCGACCUACAACCAUUUACUCAAACCGAACCUCCACCACCUCUCACUCCAACAGUUCAACCAACUCCCCGAACCCGCCUUGGCGAAUCUCAGCGAGAUCGAACAUUUGAUCAAGUCAUCCAGUUGUUCGAGUAUUGGCCGAGAACGGAUCUCUACUCUGAUCCUCAAGAAAGACUAUAUCCGGAAACUCGAACCCGUGCGGAUCGAAGCUGAAGAUCUUGAAAGCUUGAAGGAUCUUCAUACCCCUUUGCAUGCUACUCCAGAGUAUCUGUAG